CGUAUCCAUCCAGGCCGCGAUUCCAUCCCUAUAAAAACGAUUGGCAGGGUAAUUCCUAUAUUGGAAUAUGCACCGAAUACUACAUAUACAUGUUCUAGCAUCCGUUACACGUGCCCGAGCGAGAGGGGGUUGGGGGUAGUGGCAAGCAUGCCUCUGUCAGUCUAGCAACGCGAGAGCAGAUUUGGUUCCAUGCAGACUGAUUGCCGUUCCCUUGCAAUACGUGGAUAGGUGGUGAUAUAGGGUCGCAACACGAGGUUAUAUAAGUUAACGUCAUUUACGAGGAUAUCUAUCACCGCCACCAUUUUCUAGCAUUCCUGCCUCCAGCGCCUUUCUUUCUAGUGCUUCUACUCUUUGGGUGCUAGCUAAGCACCCAUCUACAAGGAGGUAUGCGAUUCGCCACAGUCCUACUAAGCGUGCUGUUGUCGCUGCUGGGACUAUCGACCGCCCUUACGAUUGGAGAUGUUACGCGCAAUUCCAUCACGGCUUUUGCGAGACAGGAGAUUAAGGAGAGGAGCCUGCUCUCGGAUAUUCUAACCGACAUUGAAAAUCUCGCCGAAUGCAGUGCUUGCGAGGCUUUGCUUGGUGUUCUCAAGGUGUUGGCUCACUUUGGCAACGAUGAUUUCGUGAAAGUCAUUGUGACAGUUUGCCAGACGCUGAAUGUUGAAGACGACGACGUCUGCUCCGGAGCCAUCAGUCUUGAGGGCCCUAUUUUAGCACACGACCUUCGCCAGAUGACCAUUGGGACCAAAACGUCAACCCUGUUCUGCCUGACUGUUUUCGGGCUGUGCCAAUGGCCCGCCGUCGACACCUCGUACUCUCCCUCCAUGACCCCCAAGCCGGCGACCUCGCGCCCCGCAUCCAGCGGCAAGACGCCGAUCAAGGUAGUGCACAUAAGUGACAUCCACGUCGACCUCGACUACACCGUCGGCGCGAGCUGGAACUGCACGAAGAACAUCUGCUGCCGCGGGUACACCCCCGCCGACGAGCCGGGGAACAACGACACCCCCGCCGGGGAGUACGGUAAUGUCCGCUGCGACACCCCGCUAUCGCUCGAGGAGAGCAUGUACGCCGCCAUCGAGACGCUCGUGCCGGAGCGAGAGUUCGCAAUCUUCACGGGCGAUGUGGUCGAGGGCGCUGUGUGGUCUGUUACUAACGCCGAGGUGACCGAGGACCUUAACAGCGCGUACGCGCGCAUGCGAGCUAUGGGUAAGACGUACGCUGUGACGGGGAACCAUGAUGCGUGCCCCGUUAACUCAUUCCCGCCGGCGGACGUCAGCACGACUAUCAGCACGCAGUGGGCGUAUGACGCCAUGUCUGCUGGGUGGGAGACAUGGAUCGGUAGCGCGGCUGCAUCUGAGGUGUCGUCUAACUUUGGCAGCUACUCUGUUGUCGACGGCUCCGGGCUGCGCAUCGUCAGUAUUAAUACUAAUUUCUGGUAUAAGCAGAACUUCUGGAUGUACGAUAAGAAGAACUGGGAGAGAGACCCGUCGGGCAUGUUUGCGUGGCUGGUGAAGCAGCUGCAGACGGCUGAGACGGCGGGGGAGAGGGUUUGGAUUAUUGGUCAUAUGCCGAUGGGUGCAUCAGAUGCUUUCCAUGACGCCUCCUACUACUUUGAUUUGAUCAUCCAGAGAUUCGAUGCCACCAUCGCUGCCGUCUUCUAUGGUCACACGCACAAGGACCAAUUCGAGAUUGCGUACAGCGACUACACAAACCAGGGCUUCUCCACUGCUACUAUGAUGUCCUACAUCGCCCCUGCUCUCACGCCGACCUCUGGUAACCCAACAUUCCGCGUAUACGACGUCGAUCCAGUGACAUUCGGCAUCCUAGACAUGACAGUCUACUACACCGACCUCACCUCCUCCACCUUCCAAAUCGCCCCAACCUGGGAGGUUCUCUACUCCGUCAAGGACACCUACGGCCGUCUCCUCGGCAUCACCGACACCGCAGCCGAGCUCACCCCCGCAUUCUGGCACAACCUCACCGCGCUUUUCGAGACAGACGAUGCCGUGUUCCAGGCGUACAUCGGCCGCAAGACCCGCGACUACGCCACCUCGACAUGCACUGGGACCUGCAAGACGGGGGAGAUCUGCCAACUUCGCGCGGCGCAGUCGCAGUAUAACUGCGCGACUGUCAAGCCCGGGAUCAACUUCAAGCGUGAUACCACUAGCGGUGUUGUGACAGCAGGAGAAUGUGACGGAUCCCAGGCCAUUCCGGUCCUGUCGUCAAUAGCGGACUCGAGUGGUGUUCAGGCGCUGCAGGAUGCGCUGGUUAGUGUUCUCGGGAGCUCGAUCUUGAAUACAGAGGUUUCUUCAAAUUACACAGUUGAUGGAGCAACUGUUUAAUGCAACGACCGCGUCUCGUAGGACUCCUGUAUACGCAAACAGGCACAGACGAAGGUGGCUAAUUCAAUAGUCUCUUGUCAUUUUUGGUGGUGCUACAUUUCUCUCAAACUAUGAACAUAUUGAGAGUUUGAGUGGCCUUAAUAAGCUGUUAUAAGACAAUUCCAC